AUGCGACGCUUUUACGUAGCUGAAGACUUGACGCCAAAGAAGCUGGAAGUCGAGGUGACGGUGCCCGAAAAGUUUUCGCUGACACGCUUUUUGUCCAAGGGUCUUGUAGAUGGUGAGGAGGAAAGGAUGGAUGAUCCUGUAGCCAAUGCGACGAACGAAAGCGAUGUUAGUGCCGCGGUAGAUACUGCGGAUGAAGCUUUGGUGGCUCAGCUGGUUGCUAUGGGUUUUUCCGAGAACGGUUGCAAGCAUGCAGCGAUUGCGACUGGCAAAUCGAAUGCUGAAGCGGCUAUGGAAUGGAUUUUCAGUCACAUGAACGACCCAGACUUUGACCAUCCGCCUUCGCCAGCACGUCCUGGAUCCAAGGCUGCAGGCGAGUCAGUUAACAUGGACAUCGUGUCCAGUCCAAUGGCCAUGGGCUUCGCAGAGUCUCACGCCAAGUGUGCGCUAAAGCAAACAGGCAACGAUCCUGACCGUGCAGCUGAGUGGUUGUUCAGUCGCAUAGCCGAUCUAGACAGUGCUGUCGCCGACUGUGAUCGCGGUGUAGUGCCACCAGCAGCCUCGUCUGGCGUUGAUGAGUCCUCUGAAAAUCGUUCGGAUAGCAAGGUGGUCGGCGACUUCUCUCUUGUAGGUUUUAUCAGCCAUGUUGGCAAGAACACCAAUUCUGGGCACUACGUUUGCCACAUGAAGAAAGAUGGCCGCUGGGUUAUCUUCAAUGAUGAUAAGGUGGCCGUGUCGCAGGAACCACCGCUAGGCGCUGGUUAUCUUUACUUGUUUCGUCGCACUGACCCCCAAAGCUAG